CAGGCCUAUUAACGUGCCUUAAUUAACUUUAACGAAAGAAACGACUUGUUUAUAAUAUUUGUUUAUUCAUUUGGUUAACUUCACCUCAGUAUUUUACAUAUAUUUAAUAUUUUUUGUUAUCUUUUUCCAUUUAUCGUAUGGUAUAUUCAUAAUUUCACAUAAAUCGUUGAUACAAAAGGUCUUAAGAUUAAAAGUGUUUUAUAAUGAGUUCAGUUUAUUGUUGAUACAAUAAUAAUGGAUUUAGGAUAUACGUUAACUAAGGAUAACCCUAUGAAAGGGGUUAAUAUUGUAUCGAAAUUAUUUUUUGGAUGGAUAAUACCGUUAGUGCGACGUGGAACUCGGCAUAAUUUGGAAUUGAUCGAUUUGUACAAAGUUUUGGAAGGAGAUGAGUCGAAAGGAUUGGCAGAUGCGCUGGCAAAAAACUGGCAGAAUGAAAUACACAAAAAAUCGGGGCAAAAAAUCAAACCGAGCCUGUUGAAAGCCAUAACGAAAACAUAUUAUAAAGAAUUUUUUUUAUACGGAUUGUUAUGGGCUUUUAUAAACAUCAUCUUGUUAUCGUCCAGGCCUAUUAUAUUAGCCCAGUUAAUCGCUUUAUUUUCUAAUCAUAAUACAGAUAGUACCAAGAUGUACUACUACAGCGCUGCUUUAGUGGGAGUAUCAAUUGCGACAGCAUUUUUUUACCAUCACGUACAAUUUUCCCUAUCGGUAAUCGGGAUGAGAAUACGUAUAGCGACAUCUUCAUUGAUUUACAGAAAGAUUACGAAGUUGAAUCAUAAGGCUUUGGGACAAACGGCAGUUGGUCAAGUCGUAAAUCUGUUGUCCAACGACGUGAACCGAUUCGAUUUGUUGAUACCGAACUUGCACGCCAUCUGGGUGAUGCCAAUUCAAGUCGCUUUUCUACUGUUCAUUAUGUGGUAUCAAGUAGGCAUUUCCUCUCUUUUUGGAAUCGUGGUUAUGGUUAUUUUAACUGUUCCCGUACAAGGUUUCCUUGCAAAAUACGUGGCGAAAUUGAGGAUCAGCAUUUCCAAAAAAACGGACAAUCGCGUGAAAAUAAUGAGCGAGGUUAUAAGCGGCAUACAAGUAAUAAAAAUGUACGCUUGGGAAAAACCAUUCGAAAAACUGAUAAAUCUAGCAAGGAAAACGGAAAUUGAGGAUAUUACGUCGGCCUCUUAUUUACGAGGAGUGUAUUCCAGUUGUAUGGUUUUCAUGGAUAGAGUCUCCCUAGGUUGUACCGUCAUUUGCUUCAUAUUACUCGGGAAUAACAUAUCGGCCGAUAAAGUAUUUUCUCUAGCUCAAACAUUCAAUAUCCUCCAAUUGGUCGUGGCCAUAUCUUACCCUAUAGCUAUAAGUCUCGGCGCGGAAUCUUUGGUUUCCGUCGAGAGAUUACAAAAUUUUUUACUUUUGGAAGAAAAAGAAGAAACCGGUAUCGAACGAACCAAAGAUGGCGGUAUCUCGUUAUCUAACAUCGAAGCUUCGUGGACGCCCAAUAAUCGUACAUUACAAAAUAUCGAUGUUAGAAUACGCCCCGGUACUUUGUGCGCCAUCGUAGGACCCGUGGGCGCCGGAAAAUCUUCUCUACUACAAAUUUUAUUGGGGGAAAUGCCGUUCGAUACCGGGAAGAUUCAAAUUGGGGGUGAGAUUUCUUAUUGUUCUCAGGAACCUUGGUUGUUUCAGUCGACUGUUCGCAGUAACAUCCUCUUCGGGCUGCAGUACCAAAGGACGUGGUACAAAAAAGUGGUGCAAGUUUGCGCUUUGGAAAAAGACUUCGAGCAAUUCCCUCAUAGAGACCGUACCAUCGUCGGUGAGAAGGGCGUUUCGUUGAGCGGUGGUCAACGCGCCAGGAUCAAUUUAGCCCGCGCUAUUUAUAGGAAAGCGGAUAUUUAUCUGCUGGACGAUCCGCUAUCGGCCGUCGAUACGCACGUGGGGAAGCAUCUAUUUGAAAAUUGUAUUUAUAAUCAUUUGAAGGGGAAAACGAGGAUUUUGGUGACGCAUCAAUUGCAAUAUUUGAAGAAAGCGGAUUUUAUUAUUCUGGUUAAUAAAGGAAAAAUUGAGGCUCAAGGAACCUUCGAGGAGCUCUCCCGAUGCGCCUUGGACUUCACGAAAUUAUUAAUAGCCGCGGAUGAAUCGGGCGAAAAACCCAACGAAUCCGCAGACGCCGAAAACGCCGAUGCACCCAAAAGAGGGACUUUCAGAAGAAUGUCGAACUGGUCGGCGUUAUCUUUCCGCAGCGACGUUUCCGAUAGUUACAAAGGCGCGGAUGAAGUAAUCGAAGAAGAAUCUGGUACCGAUCCGAACGUGAAACCGUUCAAAAGUUAUCUUCUGUCCACGAAAAGUAUUUGCAUGUUGGUACUACUGAUUACGUUGUUGGUACUUGCUCAAGCGUUUUGCGCGGCCGUUGACCUUUGGUUGGCGUUUUGGACAACCGAAGAAGAAACUAGACACGCAAACUAUGAAGUAACAAAUCUCCAAUCUUCAUCCACUGAUUUUCAUCCAUAUCUUCGCAACAGCACUGAAAAUAUGACUAAAUACGUUUACGAUAUCGAUAAUGAUACUUCUCAUUUCGACGGUAUCUUCGACUACGUCGAAGUGAACGGCAAAAUAACGAAACUAGUGAAAACGACAUACGCCAUGUAUUUCUAUGGCGCUUUGUUAGUUUUGUGCGUCCUAUUAACCAUAUUCAGAUCGUUCUUGUUUUUCAAAACGUGUAUGAUGUCGUCCAUAAAUCUCCAUUCGAACAUAUUCCAUAGUCUACUCGAAGCUCCCAUGCGUUUUUUUGAUACUAACCCCACCGGUAGGGUACUCAACAGAUUUUCCAAGGACAUGGGAGCCAUAGAUGAAGUACUACCUAGAGUACUACUAGACGCAGUACAGAUAUUCCUAGUAAUGGCGGGACUUCUGAUAAAUAUAGUCCUUUCGAACGCGUACAUGAUCAUCGCAAUUAUCGUAUUAGGAUACGUAUUUUUGAAAUUCAGGAAGUGGUACAUAGAAAUCGCCAAAAUACUUAAACAUCUAGAAGGAAUAACGAAAUCGCCGGUUUUUUCGCACGUCAAUUCGUCCUUGAACGGUAUCACAACUAUAAGAUCCUCAAACGCGGAGCAACUGCUAAUAAACGAAUUCGAUAAUCAUCAAGAUGUCCACACUUCCGCUUGGUAUUUGACAAUAGCGUGCGUGGGGGCGUUCGGAUUGUGGCUCGAUAUAAUAGCCGUGAUAUUUUUGGCGUGCGUUACUUUCACGUUCGCCGUUUUAGCAAAUUAUACCGAAGUAAAUGGGAGUCUCGUGGGUCUGGCCGUAUCGCAAAGUCUGGUUUUAACCGGUAUGCUGCAGUACGGGAUACGACAAACGGCCGAAGUGAUUAACCAAUUGACUAGCGUCGAAAGAGUUUUGCAAUAUACCAAUUUGGAUAAGGAGGGUCCGUUCGAGACCCCGCCAGGAAAUACGCCUAAGCAGCCUUGGCCCGUUGAAGGUUUUCUCGAAUUCAGGAACGCCUCUUUGAGAUACGCCGAAACCGAAGCGGCGGUUUUGAAAAAUUUGAAAUUCGUCAUCGAACCUGGUGAAAAGGUCGGUAUAGUGGGACGAACCGGUGCGGGGAAAUCGUCCCUAAUUUCCGCUCUAUUCCGUUUAGCUCCAUUGGAGGGCUCUAUAUUUGUGGAUGGAGUGGAUAUUGCGUCUCUAGGAUUGACGGAUUUGCGGAAGAAGAUUUCCAUAAUACCCCAGGAACCGGUUUUGUUUUCCGAAACUCUACGGUACAAUUUGGAUCCUUUCGACCAAUUCGCAGAUAAAGAACUUUGGAGGGCGUUAGAGGAAGUCGAGUUGAGGGAUAGCGUGGAUUCUUUGGAGUUUAUGGUGGCGGAAGGAGGAGGUAAUUUCAGCGUAGGUCAAAGGCAAUUGAUCUGUUUGGCGAGGGCUAUUUUGAAAAACAAUAAAAUCUUGAUAUUGGACGAAGCUACAGCCAACGUAGAUCAAAGGACGGAUUCUUUGAUACAAUUAACAAUACGUAGAGUGUUCAAAGACUGCACGGUACUGACCAUAGCGCACAGAUUGAACACCAUCAUGGAUUCCGAUAAAGUUCUGGUGAUGAGUUUCGGUAAUAUGGUGGAAUUCGAUCAUCCCCAUAAACUUCUACAAAUCGAAGACGGUUAUUUCCAUAAAUUGGUGAUGGAAACCGGGCCUUCGAUGACCGAACAACUCAAAGAAAUCUCCCGUAACGCGUAUAUGAAUAAAAAAAACGGAAAUGAUACGAAUUAAUCCCGAUUAUUUUUUUUCUGAACUCGUACAAAAUUUAAUAAAAACAACAAUUUAAAACUACGAAUAAGAUUCAAUUGAAAUAUUUAGUUUUGUAGUUGAUGAAAUUUAUUUGUAAAAAAAAAUAUUUUUCCUUUUGUUCCAUAUUUUUAUCCUUAAGUCACAUUAAAUUAAAAAAAUAAAUUUUUUCGAAUUUUGGUGAUUCAAGAACGCAAUUUCCAUUUUUUUAAGAAAACAACCGCUACAGUGGCUAAAGCAUCGACGAAUAUUGAAUUGCAUCUUCUAAAAAUGUGACUUCAACGCCUUUUUGACGCGCAAAAUGGCGCCCAGUUCAUAGCUCCAACGUUCAUCUUUAUAAUAAACAUUUUUUCAUUUCAAACGUAACAGUUUUUCACCUUCUUUACUUAUACUUAGUAUUGUAUUGUAAGCAAAUUUCAUUGGGAUGUUACGGAAUUCAGAUUAGCAAUAUCUAAAGCCGGAAGUCGAUAUCCUCUUUUCGAAACAGAAAUCCAGAAAAUUCUAAUUUUAGAUUACGAUAAAAAACCACAAAAAGCUUCAAUAUCAAAACAAACGACCGAAUCCAGCCUAAACGAAUUUAAAAAUUACACUCGCGAGCGAGAAGUGACUAGAGCACUAAUCAAGAGAUGACCGAUCCAUCGUCAGAACAUCCCAGAAACCGACACGAGCCUAAAGAAACUCGAGGAAAGGCUGCGAGUGGCUGGACAAAAGACAUUGAGUCCACAACUGACCCCAAAUAAGUUAAUUGGACUGGGGGGUCCGUUCUCUACCCUUCUGUUCUCAAACGAAAGCAAAAUGUGCCUGCACGGUAGCUCCAGAAGAGGAUUAGUCUUCAAAAGACAUCGAGGAAGAUCUACAGUGGCUUUUGGAGGAGAUGCCUGGAUGAUUUGAGCUGGUAUUUCAAUGGAAGUGGAAAAACCAAGUUGGUUUUUACUGAAACUGUUAGUUAUCAACUACAUAAAAGUAAUUUUAAGGGUUCGAGUCGUUCCUUACGUGAGAUAUAUCGACGAAAACAUUUUGCUAACGCAGGACGAUGCUUACGAAUAUGAUGCAGGUUCUGUACGGAUCUCAAAAUGGCCGCUGUGGAUUUGACAGCGCGUUGAUUAGAUUUAAAUCGUAUCGAGUGUCUAAAGGUCACGAAAUCGGGUCUCAAAAUGACGUUAACUGAAGAAUGUGGUAGCAGCGAACAAGAUCUAGUGAAGAAACUGAUUCGAUGGAUUGAAAGAGCGUUUUUUGAUCGCUGGUAUAUUUUGAUUUAUAUCAUAUCAAGCAAUCAUUUAAGGAGUUUGAAUAGCCUUCAUUCUUUUGAUAAAAUUCGUGAUAAUCAAUCGGUAUUAUCGACAUUAGCAUUUUUUUUAAUUAGAUUCUCAUUUUAUUAUAAUUAUACGAUAUACAUCCAAAAAAAUUAUCAUUUCAUUCCAUUUUUUUCCCAUUCUUUUAACAGUUUUUAGAUAUUUUGAAAAAAAUUGGGUUUAUUGAUACAAAUAAUUUUCCAGAAGCCCUCAUCGAUUUCACGUGUAAAUAAAAGGUUACUCAAGGUCAAAUUU